AUGAACUCCAAGUCGAACGAUCUCGGUCCUCCCUGCACUACAAAGGACCCGAGGAGGAAGAAAGUGUUCCAGCGACGAUUACACAACCAGCUCACCGAGUCAAGAAUGCUGGAAGUGCUUGAUCGAAACGAGCAAGACGAACAGGAGGAGGAGGAACUGGUUUGCGUGUCGAAGAUGGUCAAGAUGGUUGAGGAGGAGCCCGCCGUGUCCAGGAGCUCAGAAUUCCAGGUUGGUGGUGUGUUGAAGACUGUGCGCUAUAUCCACAGGCAGCGGACGAUUGAGUUUGUGCAGCAAGAGAACCAAGCGGAGCAUUAA